AUGCCCUGGCUUGGGUUAUCGCUCACAAGGGCCAUACGCGAUCCUCUGGUCUCGCUCAUUUGCCAUCCGGCCGCCAAGAACUACGCGACUUUUGUAAUAAUUUCCUAUAUGGUUCUUGGCGCAUACAUCAAUUCGAUUGCACCUUUCAAAAGUGGUGAGAUUUUUUUAUUUCAGUUUCAUCGUUAGAAAUUACUUCAAAGACGAUGCGUGCGCUUUGCAAGAGAAGUAUAGGCCAUUCCGCCCCUGCUUGUCACGUUUUUCUUUCCGCUAAAAGGCCAGGUCAAAUUUAACCAACUUUCGCUUCGAGACCUGUGUUUCUUGCCGUUAUAAAAGCAGAAAUUUGAUUUAUUUUGGUAUAAGGUCUUUAUCGUGGGAAGAAAAACUUGACACGCUUGCGCGGAAUAGGCUAUAUCGACUGGGAAAAAUUCGUGAAAAAGAAUUAUUGGGCUUUUUAAAAUUUGAAUCAAAAUAAAGAUUAUUGAGUUUCUCGUUAAGAGAUAUUUUUGAAAAUAUAAAUUUUUAUCCAGCUGGAGGAAGUUUGAAUAUGGCAGCGUUGAAACUCUUAUGCAAAAAAAUGAAAACACUCAAGCCGAAAAAAAAACUAAGUUUUUCAGGAAUUUUUGGAAAAAAAGAAACUUCUCGCUUGAAACAGUAUUUUUUUCUUGCAAGGAUCUCUUCUUCUUUAAAAAAACUUUGGAAUAUUUUUUUAUUUCAUAACACGCUGCGAUUUUCAGUGGAUCCUCUGAACAUCAAACCGUUUGUGACGAUCUUCGUCUUCACUUCGCUGAUGUUCUAUCUCCCACUUUUUCCGAUGGGUGAACUUAUAGGUAAAUUUUGAACUCUCCAAGUAUCGUAAUUUAUUUUCAGAACUUGGUUUGACGGUAAAUUGUCUUUUUGAAAGUUUGUACACAAAACGUGGCAACCUUUUGGAAUACCAGAAGCAGAAAAUUGUCGUUCACCGCCUGGCAGUAUUGUCAUUUUUUCCAUGUGAGUUUUUGAAUUUUUUUUAAACCGUAAAAAACCUCAACUUAAAGCCGCGCCCGACCUUAAACUGUUCGCGCGAGUGAUAUUCAUAAUCAUUUCAAUCUUUCAAAUGCAUCUUAAAGCCACAACCAGUUCGAGUCAAUAAUUUCUAGAUUGAUUGACUUCGGCUUGUAAUUUUAAUUUUGAGAAAAAUAGAAAAUUUCAAUUUUUUUCUGAGAGAUCUAUGUGAUUGAGAAUAAUUUCAGUUCUAUUCUUCAACUUUCACGCCUACGUACACGACAGCACAAAAACAUAUCCGACUAUGUUCCUGUACUUUUUUGGUUUGGUUUUUUUCAUUUUUUUCUUAUUCUUUCUUUCAGAAGCGUCUAUUUGGCUUCUAACUUGCAUAUUUCUUCUUGGGGAAGAUUUUCUCGAGAAAGGCAUUGGAAAAAAACCGAUCAAAUUCAUAGAAGAUUUUAAUUUACCGACGGACAUAAUUUUACAAUCUCUGAUGCGGGAAAUAGAAGAACACACCGCUUUUCAGUUUGUUUUAUCGAGUGAGUUUUUUUCUUCAUAAGCACUCUUUCUGAAAAAUUCUGCUCGUAAUUCCAUAAAUAUUAGUACAGCGGUACUUAAGGGCACCCUUUUUCCGCUCAAAAAAAUUUUUUUAUUCCGCCUUUUAUUUCAUUUAUGGUACCUCACAGCAUACCCAACUUCCUUUUUUUGUGAUGAAUAAUGUUUUUCUGGCGUCUUCAAAAUUUCUUUAACAAAAAGCGCACUUUUUUUCCAACUUUAUGCAAAAAAAUCAUAUAAAACCGUGUAACUAACGACAAGGCUUUUUCAAAAAAGCAAAUUGCAAUUUUCAAAAAAAUUAUUUAUUGAAAGAUAUGAAGUUCCCUGUUUAGAAUCUUCAAACCACACGAUGUACGUCACUGACAACGGAUUCUUGGUCUUCCUCUCAAAUUGGGACUUUUCCUUGUCAAGAAUCGAGCUGUGUACAGCAAUUGUUGAAGAUGCUUCGGCAUUAAUGGUAAAUCUCUAUUUUUUACCCUUUCAAAGGAUUAUUUUAUUCAGAUCCGAAGGUCUCAGCAAGCUAAUGAGAUAGUCCGUGUAAAGUUUGCGUUUGUUGAUGGCAUCAACACGCCUAUUACUGUUUCGUGAGCUAUUCAAAUACAUGAAAAUAUCGAAUAAAUUAUAAUUUCAGUAUGGAGAACUCGAAAUUCGAAGAAUUGCGCAUGCAAAAUCUGUUCACCAUUCGAUUGGAGCGUGGCGUUCGAUUCCGAAGAUCUGUGGUGGAAAUAUUUGUGAUAGUAAGAAUUGAAAUAAGUUCUUGAUUGAAGAAAGAUUUUGUAGAUGUUCACCAGGAUUGCCAAGGAAAACUCGAAGUACACUCAAGUUGAUUAUAAAACGGUUAGUUUCAUAAAAUUUCGAAUCAAUAAUUUGAAGGAUGGUAAACAACAGAAACUGUAGGAAAAAAAUUAUUUGAAAAUCGAAUCUUUGUGCUAAGAAAGACAUAGUUACCUUUCAUGGUUCAUUCAUAAUAAAAAAAUUUUAAUUUUUUUAAGCAACAUGUAGUUGGUUCAUUUUUGACUGGAAAUAAAAAAAUGCUGACAAAAAAAUAAGAAAAAAAAUUGCAUCAUUAAAAUGUCAAAAGAUGAAAUUUUGGAAACCAAUCUAUGGACCAUUUUUGCAAAGUAUAAAAAGAAAAUCUCAUUAUCAAAAUUUUGAGUGAAUGUAUGAUCUUUUAGUUCUUUUCCCUCAGAGAUGUUGAAAUUUUUGUAUUUCACCCUAAGUGCAGAUAAUUGACAACAUGAAAUAUUCUGCGAAAUAUAUUGAUUUCAGAAAUGUAACGACUUCUGCUUCGCGUGUUCAAUCCGUCGACCCAACGUCAAAUUUGUCCGAUCAUGUAACGAAAAUGAGAGACGCGUAGCUCUGAGUAGAAUGGAGCAAUUCACGGAGGGUCGAUUCGUUCCUUGUGGCGAGUGCCGUUGCCUUCCCAUGUGGUCAGAUUUUUCUCAAUCCAGUCUACAGUUGAUUGAAAUGGUUUGAGUGUUGUGACUAUCAGAGAAAAAAUCUCUUAAGUUAAGAAAAGUUGUCGGAUAAUGCCAAAAAGUCUCUGAGGGAGCAGAUAAAAGUCCUCAGAGCCUGAAUCACCAGGAUUCUUUAAUUUUCAAGAAACUAGAGCUCGGCGUCAAAAUCACUCAAAAUGAGCCAUAUUUUACAUGUAGUCAAAUGUGGUGUCUUCAGGGUUUUCCUUUUUUACUUCAAAUUCUGAAAAAAUUUGAAAAGCUUCAAAAAGGCAGUCAAAAUGUUCAGGGACCUUUCCUUAUUAGACGGUCAAAAACCGAAUUCGGAUUUCUGAAGGCGUACAAGAAAGAAAAGUUCUGGGAUGAUGAAAAGUUGGUUCCAAAGAAUAUUUUGAACACUGAAUCAAAUAACAAUUUCAAAUUUUUGAUAUUGUCUCUAGAUUCGCUGAAAAAUCCCCAAAAUCAAAAGAAAUCCUAUUCUUAUUGGCCGCAGUGUAUUCUGGUUAUUUUUCAGCAAAUUCCUACUUCACAGUGACAUGUGAGGUUGGACUUUUUUUAUCUUGUGCUGAGAUUUUUGAAAGAAAAUAGUUUAUUCGGCGUCGCAUUCAAAAGAAAGUGAUUUAGUUCAAAAAAAUUGCACUCUUUCAUCCUUUUAGCUUGCAGCCAUCUAUUUUAUUACGAUUUCGAAAGAUAUCAUCGAAUGGUUUUUAUAGCUUCUGAAGUUAUUUUUCCCAGGUGUAUCAGCUGCAUCGCUCGCGUCUUCCAUGCAAAACUGGAUACUAUUCAGACGUGGGAAUGCCAAUCGGUUCCUUGUCCCACUUGCCGGUAAUAACCCAUAUUUGACUUUCAAAGAAUAUUCAAAAUUUUCAGAGAACACUUUUGCAUCGACGACGUUCAUCUCUUGACCCGUGAUCCUGGCGACGAAAGUGAAGAGGAUGAUAAUGAGGAUAUUGAAUAUCACAGUUAA